AUGUCAAGUACCCAUUAUUUCUUGAUCUUAGUCUUUGCAAUAACAUUUAUAGCCCUCAUUAACACCUUGAAAAAACAUAAGUACUACGAAUAUUCUACAGGUGACUAUAGCUCUAGGGAAAGAAACACUUAUUUUGCAAACCAAAUCUCGCCCUAGUAAUUUGACAAACAAGCUAGGAAUUAUACUUAAGAAGCGGUUGAUAACUUGCUCAAGAGUCAAGAUUAUCAAUAGAAUAAACAUCGGUUAAAGAGACACAGAGCUGGAACUAAUUGCUUUAGCACAUAUGAUAUAGCUAAUCAAAGUCAAAUGAAUGGAAGAGAUGGAUAUUUAGGCAGCAAAAGCUUUGAUGCGACUAAUCAAAGCAGAGAACAUAAUUUCAGUAAAAUGUAUUGA